GGAAAUUAGUCGGCAUUUGUUUCAUUCUGAUGCAGUGGAGGCCUGGUAUAUAUAUACUGCUUCCGGAAAUCUUUAUAUAACCUCUCAGGAAUCAAACAAGUUUUACGUCUGACCCCGCUUUGGAAAGUCCAGGUUCCGUGAUUGACAGGCGGCGUGAUUGACAGGCGCAAAGGGCGCUCGCGCGGGGGCAACGCACCACCUGCAGCCGGCAGCCAAUCGGAGCUGCGCUGCCGUGUGACGUCAAGGGCAGCUAAGCGGGCCGCUUUGUCCGUGUAAACAGGGCCGGGCGGGCGGACACAGGCCGCUCGCUCCUUUUCUUUGUCUGUUAUUUUGUUUCAGAGGUCUGUUGGAGGAACAUGGCUCAAGAAACCAACCAGACUCAAGUGCCUAUGCUGUGCACCACUGGCUGUGGAUUUUAUGGGAACCCACGAACGAAUGGCAUGUGUUCUGUUUGCUAUAAGGAUUUUCUUCAAAGGCAAAACAAUAAUGGCAGAAUCAGUCCUGCAUCUGCCAACUUGAGCAGUUUAACAGAUGUGUAUCCUGUUCAAUGCACAGAAGGAAACCCCCCAGAAUUACCAUCAUCAUUCUCCUCUUCCUCUACAUCUGGCCAUUCUAGAUCAGUGUCCAACCAGUUGCUGCUACUAUCCCAAGAAUCUGUAACAAAUCCCCAAAGUGAUGGGGACCACACAGAAGAUAAACAAGAAAUACCCAAAAAGGAGUUACAGGCUUCUACAUCAAAAGAAAUUGCACAGACUUCUUCUGAUGGACAGGACAAGUCCCCUGAAAAACCCAAACAGAAGAAAAAUCGUUGUUUUACCUGCCGCAAGAAAGUGGGACUUACAGGAUUUGAUUGCAGAUGUGGAAAUCUGUUCUGUGGAUUACAUCGUUAUUCUGAUAAACACAGUUGUCCUUAUGAUUACAAAGCUGACGCUGCUGAAAAAAUAAGGAAAGAAAAUCCUGUUGUAGUUGGAGAGAAGAUCCAGAAGAUUUGAACUGCUACUUACAUUAAAUUUUUUUUCUUUUAAACCACGUGAACCUAAUUAAACAGCGGAGAGGAUAAGCUGAGCUUUGUAGUUCAUUCUGGGAAUUUGGAGCAUUGUACUUGCAUAGAUCUUUAAAUCAUGCAUGCACGGACAAUAGAGUCUGAGAAAUGACUGAAGAGUUCUUUCACUUUUCUUUGAAUAUUCUGUGGUUGGAAAAUUACUGCAUAUUUAGAAGUGUCCAUUUUACAGCCAUAUUAAUCUUAGUUAAGUGUCGAGCUUAUUUUUAAAACACAAGUAGAAGUAUUGGAGGGCUGUGCUUUUCCAAUAUUACAUGCAUGGUUCAGAUUUGCAUUUCUUCUUUUGUGUAUGUGGCCUUUCUCUGCAGCACGAUUUUCUAACAUAGCAGGGCGCAAAUGGGCCUAUCAGUAACUGAAUGUAUGCUAAUCUCUGCUUUGUUCUGUUCACGAGAAGGCCCCUAUGUGUUGGCAUCCUAGCUUGUUUGCUGCUCCAUUUCAUUAUUUAUGUACUUCAAGCAAAUGUAUGUGGUUUGAUUUUACAAUAUGUAUCCUGAAUGGAAAAACUCCAUACGCACUUCAGUGCUGACUACAAGUAUAAUCGGAAAAAUGCAGUGAUGCUUAACUCUGAGCAUACAUGAAACACAGGAUGGUAAUUGUGCUGUAUUUAUGUUAGUUUAUUCACUGUCUUCACUUUGAUUAAAUAAAAUUAUAAAGGAAAA